AUGGCUUCCCGGAGGCUUCUAUCCUCCCUUUUCCGGCGUCUCAAAUCACCCUCAAUCACAAAAUGCCACAACCCAACAAACCCACGUCCACGUUUCCGCCCUUCGCCGGCCGGAUUUCUGUUGAACCGUGCAUCGACAGCAGGAUACGCGACGGCUGCCGCCACAGCUCCGGCGUCUCCGAAAUCUUCACAGGCAGGCGGGAAAAUUACAGAUGAGCACAGCGGUAAAGGCGCCGUUGGUCAGGUAUGUCAGGUGAUCGGUGCGGUUGUGGAUGUACGGUUUGAAGAUGGGUUGCCACCGAUCAUGACGGCGUUGGAGGUGAUGGAUAAUCCGUUCAGACUAGUAUUAGAGGUGGCGCAACAUUUGGGUGAGAAUAUGGUGAGGACGAUCGCCAUGGAUGGAACUGAAGGUCUUGUUAGAGGCCAAAAAGUUCUCAACACCGGCUCUCCGAUCCUUAUUCCGGUUGGUCGGGCGACACUUGGUCGUAUCAUAAAUGUCAUCGGAGAAGCUAUCGACGAUAAAGGCGAUCUCAAAACGAGCCAUUAUCUUCCGAUUCAUCGUGAAGCUCCAUCUUUCGUUGAACAAGAAACCGAACAGCAGAUCCUCGAUACCGGAAUCAAAGUUGUGGAUCUUCUUGCUCCGUAUCAAAGAGGUGGGAAGAUCGGUUUGUUUGGUGGCGCCGGCGUCGGGAAGACGGUGCUGAUUAUGGAACUGAUCAACAAUGUCGCAAAGGCUCAUGGUGGUUUCUCGGUGUUUGCUGGUGUCGGUGAGCGUACUCGAGAAGGAAACGAUUUGUAUCGAGAAAUGAUCGAAAGCGGUGUCAUUAAGCUCGGAGACAAGCAGGCCGAAAGCAAGUGUGCGCUAGUGUACGGUCAAAUGAACGAGCCCCCUGGUGCUCGUGCUCGUGUCGGGCUCACGGGAUUGACAGUUGCCGAACACUUCCGUGAUGCGGAAGGGCAGGACGUGCUUUUGUUUGUCGACAACAUUUUCCGUUUCACUCAGGCAAACUCCGAGGUGUCUGCUUUGUUGGGUCGUAUUCCGUCUGCCGUCGGUUACCAACCAACGUUAGCUACGGAUCUUGGAGGCCUUCAGGAACGUAUUACUACGACCAAGAAAGGAUCCAUCACAUCCGUUCAAGCUAUUUACGUGCCUGCGGAUGAUUUGACUGAUCCGGCUCCCGCAACCACUUUCGCUCAUUUGGAUGCCACCACUGUGCUAUCUCGACAGAUUUCCGAGUUGGGAAUCUAUCCUGCGGUUGAUCCUUUGGAUUCGACAUCUAGAAUGCUUUCUCCUCAUGUUCUUGGCGAAGAGCAUUACAAGACUGCUCGUGGCGUACAAGAGGUUCUCCAGAACUACAAGAAUCUUCAAGAUAUUAUCGCCAUUCUAGGAAUGGACGAACUUAGUGAAGACGACAAACUCACUGUCUCACGUGCUCGCAAGAUCCAACGUUUCUUGAGUCAACCCUUCCACGUCGCAGAAGUGUUCACGGGCGCUCCUGGAAAGUACGUCGAGUUGAAAGAGAGCAUUGCGAGUUUCCAGGGCGUUCUUGAUGGAAAAUACGAUGAUCUCCCCGAACAGUCGUUUUAUAUGGUUGGAGGAAUUGACGAGGUGAUUGCUAAGGCUGCGAAAUUAGCGAAAGAAAAUGCUAGUUAG